GAUGACACUGGUGCAUAUCUCAUAGACCGAGACCCCACAUACUUUGGGCCGGUGCUGAACUACCUGAGGCAUGGCAAGCUGGUGCUCAACAGGGACCUGGCUGAGGAAGGUAAGACUGGGCAUGUGCUAUGCAUAUUACUGCCAGGGUGCACUGUGACGCAGUUGGUUGGUCCAAUGUCAGCUCUCAAGUAUCCUCUGUAGCAGUCUAUUCAGUAUGUUGAUAAUUCUUGCCAGGAUAGAUUCUAAACGUGUGUUUUUGAAGGUGUCUUGGAGGAAGCCGAAUUCUACAAUAUCACGUCAUUAAUAAAGCUCCUCAAGGACAAGAUCAGGGAACGUGACUGCAAAACAUUACAGGUGGGUGAACUUCUGAAUUGACACAUCCCACACUAUUGAUUUUGUAUUCAUUUAUUUUAAACCCGUUCUUUUAUCUCUUUGGGGUUCCUGGCCUUGGCUGAGGCCACUGUUAGAAUAAAUGCACCUGCUCCAUCCCAUGCUUCAGUUCCCCACUGUGUGUGACGGGUUUCCAUUGGCCUGCAAUUGCUGGCAAAAAAAAAACCCCAAGAUGAAAGCCGAUUUUAAAUAAAACUGUUGCCCAAAAAUGACCGGGAGAAAAUAAAUCCCAUUGCGAAAUGCUUUUUAUUAAUAAAUUGCAAUACCAGUCGAUGGAAAUACAUUUGACCGUCAUGCUUAUUGGUCUAUAGGUUAAUUUGCAUAAUUUAGUGGAAUUAAAUUGGCCUGUGUGUAUUUUCGUUAGUCCUCAUGUAGGCCCAUCUUAUUUAUCCAACACAUCUAUCACACCCGCACAGCAUACAGAGCAUAUUUUGAGCGGAAUUUCUCCUGCAGUGCCUCAGCUGGUUGCUGCUGGAGUAAAACUUGCUUAUAUAAGCACAUUCAUUGCGGAACUAUUUUAAAUGCAAUCGUGUGUUAAAUGUUUUGGAGCAUGACUAAAAAAAGCUACAAUUUUUUUUAUUUCUCAACUGGUAAUCAAUUUGUAAGUCGCUCUGGAUAAGCGCGUCUGCUAAAUGAUGUAAAUGUAAUUGAAGCGGGCCUCCCAUCCAAGUGCAGGACCAGGCUAUCAGCGUGUCACCUACCACUUUACAAUGGGAGCUGGAGGCAGUAUGCAUUUUGAAAACAUACUUUAAUUGUUUGAAACCUGAAUGUUUUUCAUUUCAUAUUAUGAGGCAUGUCUUACCUUGCGUCAAAGUAGCCUAUAGGCAAAAUCUGACCAUGGAAACGUGGAGGCAAUUAUUUCAUAAAGACUUCAUAGGCGGCUCGUGCGUUUCAAGUUUGAAGGUUACAAUUUGUCCUACCAUUUCUACCGUUCUGCAUGCCAGUUAUGAUUUUCAUAUGCGCAUUUUCGUGGAACAGUUUCAUUUAGAUAAAAAAGUUUUCGUUUCUCAAAAUCAUUGUCAUGUAGUUAAUCAAAGAAAUCAGAAUUAAAAUGAUAAAAAGCCAACUAAUGGGCCGAUUGUGCGCCGUCCUAUGGGACUCCCGGCCAUGGCCGGUUGUGGCACAGGCCGGGAAUGAACCCGGGUCUGUAGUAACGCCUCUAGCACUGUGAUGCAGUGCCUUAGACCGCUGCGCCACUCGGGAGGCUCAGGAACUAUGAUUUUAAUAUCAUUCGCAAUGGAUGUAAAAAAAAACAACACUUUCCUACAUUUCUGCUCAGGCGCGCGCACUCCCUCAACAUUAUCAGGACAUAGAAACCAGACACAUGUUCAUUGCUCAAAUGAAGCACUCCAAACAAAAGACAAUGAAAAAAUGGACAAAUCUCGCAAAUGUACCUUUACUUCCUUAUUGGACCCACCGCUAUGCCGUUUCUCUCCUGUUCUAUUGGUUUUCAUAUCAACUUUCUUUCAUUGUUCAGAAGCCAAAGGCACAAUUCUAGUCAUAUUAGCAACCCAUCCUAGUUGUUGCAUAUGGAACCGAUAUCCGGUGCGUCGUUUAGAAUGGGCUUUUCCCGCGAAUUGCAUGUUGGCAAAUGUUUGAAAAUGACGUUUUAUUGGCUGCUUCAUUACAUGAGUUGCAUGUUCUGUUUCGCACAUUAGCAUAAUCAAAAUGUUUCUUCUGUCAUUCUGAGCACCAUGGGUGGACGCCCUAAUGGGUUAUGCACCCAAUGCAUAUGGGUCCGGUAAAUGUCUUAAAAGGCCGGUAAAUAAUAAAAAAAUUAAAAAUCCUGGUCACGUUGGCCGGUGCCACAUUUUCCUAACAGAAAGCCUGGUGUUUGUGUGUGGGGGUAGUGGAGCCAGAAUGCACUCAACUCAAAAAGCCUCUUAUUUUCUGCUCACUCUCUCUCUCUGCUCUCUCAUCUCUUCUCCCUGCUCUCUCCCCAGGCUCCAGUGAAGCAUGUGUACAGGGUGCUGCAGUGCCAGGAGGAGGAGCUCACCCAGAUGGUGUCCACCAUGUCAGAUGGCUGGAAGUUUGAGCAGGUAACGCUGCCUCCCGCCACAAGGAGAAAAAUGUCCUGCUUUAUUUGUAUUUCCCUCGCCCCGUAAUCCUCACAUCACCCCAACAAUACAAUCCAUUAAUUGGAAAUAAAUAAAAAAGUCUAAACAAAUGUCAGUGUCUUAUACGUAAUCUGGGCGUCCCUCUGUGCUCUGAUUGGUUGUUGCAGCUUGUCAGUAUAGGUUACGGGCGGGCCCAGCAGUCAGAGUUUCUGCUGAUUGUGUCAAGGGAGGUGAAGGGGGAGGAGUCUACUUUCCCAAACCACAGCGAGGUGUGUCCCACAAUGUUCCGUCCACGGGCUGGUCACUGCAUGGUUCCUAUGUACCCAUUCACAACCCUUUUGGCCUCUGUGUGUCCCAGCUCUAUGCUCAGGAGGUGGCCAUUUUGAGUUGAUUUUAAUUUUAAGAUGUGUACUGUUUGUCCGACAAAGGACCCAAAUGAACACGGCACCCUUUCUGUGUCUGUUGUUUGACUAUCUCCUCCACCUUCACAUUUUGUUUUCAGGUUGCUGGUAAUACGCCUUGUAUUUACAUGUUUUUCUUGACGGUGUAUUGUCUUAAGAGGAUAUUUUUGGGUCCAUGUUUAUUCUUUAACAUAUGCUAGAUGAUGAGUGAAGGAACAGAUUGAAGCCUGAUUAGGGUAUACGUUGUAAUUUAACAUGGUUUGUGUUAGUGGUACGUUACAAAGCACUUAGUUUUCCAGACUCACAUUUGUCAUUUUUGAGUUCAGCUAAAAUGGUUAAGCACUUAAACACUCUUGAAAGAAUUUGGGCUGUAAGUGUGUGUGCAAGCUGUAAGUGCAAGCUAUAAGCGUGUGAGUGGGUACGCACUGAAUGAGUCUCCCCUGGCCCCACUGUCCCUGUGGGGAGGGAUGAGGGAUCACUGGAUCUCCCUGAGUGCUGGAAUGAUACUAAUCGUCUUACAGGGGUCAAAUGGGAAACCCCUUAAAACACUUACUCGACCUAUGCUUAAGGCUUUAACGCUCAGCAGCAGUGAGCCCAGUCAUCUGGGGAUAUUUCAGAGCCACUCAGUCCUGGGUUGUGUUCAUUAGGGAAUGUUUUGCAACAGAAAAUGAAUACUUUUUUUUAUUUUUGUAAAUUUUAUUUUACCUUUAUUUAACUAGUCAAGUCAGUUAAGAACAAAUUCUUAUUUACAAUGACGGCCUACACCGGCCAAACCCGGACGACGCUGGGCCAAUUGUGCGCCGCCCUAUGGAACUCCCAAUCACGGCCGGUUGUGAUACAGCCUGGAAUCGAACCAGGGGGUCUGUAGUGACGCCUCAAGCACUGAAAUGCAGUACCUUAGACCACUGCGCCACUCGGGAGCCCAACUUAUUGGAGAAGUUCAGAUGGUACCGCCCAGUUUCACUCUAUUUCUGACCUUUUUCUUCAAUUCCGUGCUACCUAACCCGAUCCUGGGCUGCCUUGGGGUUUCUAAAUUCUCUUGCUGUGUCCACCGAUCAUCCACGCUAGAUUGGUUGAGAAAGGUUCUUGAAUCACAUUGAAUGUGUGUAUGAAUGCUAUUUCAAAGUUACCUCAGAAAACAAGUGAUUUGCAAGUUGACUGCACUUUAAAAGACACAUUUGAGUUCAAGUGAGGUUGAGGUUUUGACCAUAUCGUUGGGCUUGAGUGGGUAUUGCGAUGGGUGAGAACUGAGAGACUGGUUGUACUUGGUACAGUAGCAGGUAGCUAUAGUUUUGUGUGUAUUGGGUAGAUGUUGUGAAAUUGUUAGAUAUUACUUGUUAGAUAUUACUGCACUGUCGGAGCUAGAAGCACAAGCAUUUCGCUACACCCGCUAUAACAUCUGCUAAACACGUGUAUGUGACAAAUAACAUUUGAUUUGAUAACAUUUAGCAUCAAUAUAGAGAAGCUUAAAACUCUUGCCUCACACAGGAGGCAUCUCUUGGCAACAACAUGGUUCCUGCAGAAGUGGCUAAUGAGGCUGCAUGUCGAGACAUGCACACCCACAGAGAACACUGUACAGUACACAUACUGACUGGCUGAACACCAAAGUUAAAAGCAUUCGACUAAGAGGAGGAACAGUUUGUCUGACGUUGUCAAAUAUGUAUUUUGUAGGCCGAAGUACUCCGUGUUGAUUUGCAUGACAUGUCACCUCACCGUCUGCAUGUUUAACAAUCUGUUAUCCCUGUCGAAGUUGCUUUGUGUCCUUUUAAAGACCAACUCCAGCUAUUUGUGAACUUUCCUGUUGAAAAAUAUAUUCCAAGUAUAAAUACAGUACACUCACUUAAUGGUAAAUAAAUUGGGUGAAAUUCAAGGAGUUGGUCUGAUGGGUGCACUCUGACGUCUUCCCCCUCCCCCCUUGCUUGCGGGAACAAUAAAGGACAAAAGAGGCAAGGCCCCAACCCCCCCCCCCCUUGAUCCAGGAGGUGUUCUCUGCUGUUACCAAGCGAAACUUGAUUUUGGAAGAAGCUAACCACUUAGCUAGAUGGCUAACUAGGUACUAAAUUAGCAAACGAAAUGCACAACUGCGGAACAUUUUAGCACAUUUAAUUGACUGUUUAACUUAAUAGUUAUAGGAUAUCUAGCUGGCAAACAUUUAGUUGUGAAUUCCAUACUGUAACUAGAUCAGCUGGCUGCACAACAGUGAGGGACUCAAGGCUCCGGUCUCUCGUCAUUGUGUGCUUGUAAACAAACACCACGUGAUUGGGGACUACCGGUAAGCUUCAUGAUGAAACAUUGUGACCGGUGAAAUGAAGAACGCAAUCUUUAUCUCCUUACGUAUUGCACAAGUUGACUGCAGGUAUUUACUUUAAAUGUAGCUAGAAAUAUUCCAAUUUUAUUUUUAAAAAACUUCAAAUAAGUAGUUUUGACAGUAUUGAAAAACCUUCCAGUGGUUAAUUCCAAAUACCCCGGUAUAUUGCCCAAGCCUAUAGCCAAUUCACCUUUUGUGUUCUGAUCUGUUUCAAGGUCUGUGUUAUGUGUUUUCUACCUAUUAUCUAAUGCUUUUUAUUACUGUUCAAACUCUUCACUUUUCUGUUAUCUAAGUACACUGUAACCCACUUUCUGUCCUCAUUUUGUCUCUGAAGCUAAUUUUCUCUCUCUCCCUCUCUCCCUCUCUCUCCCAGCUGGUCAGCAUUGGCUCCUCUUAUAACUACGGAAACGAAGACCAAUCUGAGUUCCUGUGUGUGGUCUCCAAGGAGCUGCACAACCAAUCAUACGGCACAAACAGUGAGCCCAGUGAGAAAGCCAAGGUGAGUGUAAACACCGGCAGUAAGCCAAGUGAGAAUUCCAUGACGAGCUUGUCUGAAUGGUGCCUUGUUCUGGAUGUCUAA